GACAGCCAAUGUUUUGAAGCGCACCAGAGGAAGAAGCCUUGCUACUGGAGUUUACUAGUUGAAUGACAGGAGCUCACAGCAAAGUUUACACUUACCUUCUCUGCUUGGGAAUAACUUACCAUUCUUCAGCGCAGAGUCGCAGCGGUUCCGACACCUGACUGGCGGCUUGACCCUGAAAGAAAAUGCGGGACCGAACCAAAGAAUUAGGGAACCAGAAUGCCGAGACUUCAGACGAGGACGAGGAAGGCAAAGCCUUGAUGAUCAAAUCUGGAACCUCUUCAGUCAAAGAGGAGAAGGAGAAUGAAUCAUUCUUUAAAAAGGUUAAAGAAAUUCACGAAGGGCUGCAAAAUCUCAAAAGGAUUGUGUCUGAGCUUGAGAACAAACAGAAAACUGUGCUGGGUGUGGCACUGCCAGAGGAGAGUAUGAAGAAAGAGCUCCAGACUCUUCGAGAAGAGAUAAAAACGUUGGCGGGUCAGAUCCAGAGAAAAUUAAAAAGUAUUGAAUCGAAAAAGGGAGAGGAGGAUGGAAAAUAUGUACCCAUAAAUGUUCGGAUGCAGCGGACCCAGCACGGUGUCUUGUCCAAAGAGUUUGUGGAGCUGAUGGGUCACUGUAACACCAUCCAGGCCCAGUACAGAGACCGCAAUGUGGAGAGGAUACAGAGGCAACUCAAAAUCACCGGAACCAACGUGACAGACGAGGAGCUGGAUACUAUGCUCGAGAGUGGGCAGACGGAUGUUUUCACACAAAAUAUCCUUAUUGACGCUAAAGCUACAAAGCAGGCUCUGAAUGAAAUUGAGUCCCGACACGAUGAGAUCCUGAAGCUGGAGAAGAGCAUCAGAGAUCUGCACGACAUGUUCCAGUACCUCGCCAUGGAGGUGGAGGCUCAGGGGGAGAUGGUCAACCGGAUUGAAACCAACAUCAACCAGUCUUCAAACUAUGUGGAGAAAGCAAAGGACAACACAGCGAAAGCUGUAACAUAUCAGCAGAAAGCACGCAAGAAAAAGAUUUGGAUCGCGAUCUGUUUGGCCAUCCUCAUCCUCAUCCUAGUCAUCUCAUUGGUCUCCACCUUCGGCUCCUAACUCCAGGCAGUGCGAGUUGGCUGUAGACCUGUGUGGCAGAAGCACAUUCUGGGUUUCAUGUAAAAAAUAUUCAUAAUUUAGCAUGUACGGGUGAAUUAAGAGAGCAAAUUAUGUGUUAUCAUCCCUCUGCAUUUGUUAUUUUCACAUUUUAUAUUCCUCUAAUCCUCCUAAUAGGACUUUUGUUUUUUUAAAGAGAUGUGCUUUCUGUUGUUUUAACUUUCAAAUGACUACAAUCUUGCCUACAUUUCAACUUCCACUCAAGAGGUAGCGCUGCUGGUUUAUGGAGUCCCCCGGUCAGAUUCUGGUCUGCAACACAAAGACCAGGACAAUGUGUGAACUGUUACGUCAGCCCCUCUUCCCCUCCUACAUAGAAAAAAGAGGAAAUAAGUGGCCUUGAGAAAGGCACAAUACAGUAUUGAAAUCCAACAUUGCGCUGUUCAUACUGUACUCAGGAAACUGUGCGUUCUUGUUACCUUGUUGUUUCUGGAUCAAUUGGAGACGUAAAUAACAAUUGUAAUAGAUUAGAGCUUUCUUUUAUAGGAAUAUAGUAAAUAGACUAAUAUAAAUGUACAUAACCUAUAAUGCUGGUGAUUAUGACAUUCUUUAUGCAGAUGAUUUUUUUUAAAACUUGAAAGUUGUUUCGUUACUGCCUACAUGUAACAAGUGUAAAUACAGAUCUUUUUUUUGUGAAACAGCUCCCCCCCACCCCCCCACCCCCUCCCUUUAUCUUUAUCUUACGUGUGUCUGCACUGCAAUAAAAAGGCCUACGGCCCACUUUUAUUUGUCCUACCAGUCUGUAUUUAUGAUUUGAACAAUGUUGUGUAAGCUGCUACGAGAUAAUUCUGCAACAACACAUAAUGAAGCCUUUUCAAAACGGUGCCUUCUUCUUUAUGUACACGUCAACAGCUCAAGUUGAGUUUGUGAUGUUGAGCACUAACAUUGUAAAAGAUGGAGUGAGUUUUUUUUAUAGUUUAUAUUUGUUUGUAUUCAAACUGCAGUCUUUCAGCUGGGAGUCCUUGCAUCUUAGCCUGACACGUAUACUCUUUAGACUUUAUUUUUCCUUCACUUGUUUGUCACAUUGUGCAAUGUCUCCAUUUGUCUUGCUAGUUUUGCGACUUAAAUUCAAUUCUGCGGGGAAAAAUUGUAAAGAAGUGAACCCAGAAACCAAUUUAUGGAGACAAACGGUACCUGCUGUCCACUACAACAUGACAAAUGUGUAACGAAAAGUAAACCAAACCCGUUUUAUUGUUGUCCAGUACUCAUUCAAGUCUCCUUUGGAAACAGAAAAGCUGCCUGUCUGCACAGUUACGAGCAGAAAAAGAAUGACUUUGCUACUGUGUAAUAUUAUGGCUGUUGAAUUUUGCAUCACAUUUAUUUUAAUAUAGAUUUGUUUUUAAAAUAAAGUACUGCCAUCGUCUAUUA